AGUCGCCUUAUCAGCGGCUGUUUCGCGCAAAAGUGAGGGGACGUCACCCCUGGUGUUAUCGGUGGAUUCGAACGGUGCUGCGGAGAAGUGCAUUAUCAGUGCCGGGACGUUGGAAAGGGUGUCCCGCGGCUCAGAAUCGGGUGAAGUGUUCUGCUAAUCUCUCGCAAAUCUAUUAUUGCUCCGGGGCCAAAACGGACUACGGACGCGGGCAAUCAGUCGAGAGUGAGUGAGAGAGCGACCCUUGUUUUUCUCGCGCACCCGGCGAGUUGUUAUAAAGCACAAUAGCGCUCCGUUCUAACGGAUCAGUUGGAAUCGAGAGGUAGUCCCGGAAUGGUUUGAAAUCAAGUCCUGUCGUUUCGUUACUAAACGCCCCAUAAACUGGGAGUAACUUCCCCGCACCACCUAUAGUGAAACUUGGAAGGCGAGAAGUGAAAUCGUGUUGGAAGUGCCUACGAAGAAGAAUAUUUCACAGAUUUCCACUCUUGUUGCCGAGGUGUGAAUUGAGGCGAAGAGUUGCUACAAGUGCGAGUUGCUGAGUUGUAGUUAAAUUUGGUCGAAAAUUGAAGUUGUGUCUUGGAGCUGACGGAUUUUGACCGGUUUGUUCCAGUUCAAACAACUUUUUGGAAGAAAGCACUCCACCGAAGAAGAUGGCACCGAACGCGACGGUUGAAGUAACCGGUGUUCUGAACGAGAACGACGCCGACACCGUCGACGGAGGACUGGCGAAGGAUAUAGCCCCCCUGAAGCGAGCCGAGAAACGCAAGAUCAAAGUAGUGUGGCGAAAUGUGAUCGCCUUCGGGUACCUCCACUUGGCUGCCGUGUACGGCCUCUGGCUGCUGUUGACCUCUGCCAAGCUGUACACCGUUGCACUCGCAUUCGUCCUGUACGUCGUAUCCGGACUGGGAAUCACGGCUGGCGCUCACCGACUAUGGGCCCAUCGCUCAUACAAAGCCAAGCUGCCCCUGCGGAUUAUUCUGUGCGUGUUCAACACCAUUGCUUUCCAGGACUGUGCUCUGCACUGGGCUCGUGACCAUCGCGUACACCACAAAUACUCGGAAACCGAUGCCGAUCCGCAUAAUGCCACCCGUGGCUUCUUCUUCUCGCACAUCGGCUGGCUGCUGUGUCGAAAGCACCCAGAAGUUGUUGCCAAGGGUCGCCAGCUGGACAUUUCCGAUCUGUUUAGCGAUCCGGUGCUGCGAUUCCAGAGAAAAUACUACAUGAUCCUGAUGCCCCUGCUAUGCUUCAUCCUGCCCACAGUUGCCCCAGUCUACUUCUGGAACGAAACCUGGACCAACGCAUGGUUCGUCGCCACGCUAUUCCGCUGGACGUUCAUCCUGAAUGCCACCUGGUUGGUGAAUAGCGCCGCCCAUAAAUGGGGACAUCGCCCCUAUGACAGAACCAUCAACCCCUCGGAAAACAAAACUGUGGCCACAUUCGCCUUCGGCGAGGGCUGGCACAACUACCAUCACGUUUUCCCCUGGGAUUACAAAACGGCCGAGCUGGGUAACUACCGACUAAACUUCACGACCGCCUUCAUCGAUUUCUUCGCCAAGAUCGGCUGGGCAUACGAUCUGAAGAUGGUUUCGAACGAGAUCAUCGAGAGGCGUGUCAAGCGAACGGGAGACGGCUCGCACCCGACCUGGGGCUGGGGAGACAAGGAUCAGGACAAGGACGAGAUAGAGUACGCCAAAAUCAUCAAUCGGAAAUUGGAGUAAUAAAACAGGAUAGGGAAAUGGAGAGAUCGCCAAGAACCAGGGUCAUCCUUAGUGCUACGUGCGGCGUGAAAGCAAUGGAACAAGCGAGGUAGAGAGAAAGAGACAGAUAGAGAGCGCGCGUAUUUUCAGACCCGAAAUGGGAGCUCACGUGAUUUUUUUUUAAUAAGUAAGGCGUUGGUCCCAUCGGAUUUCAAGGAGGUAGAAGGAGCUGAGCAGUGGAUUCGAAUUAUUUGAAUUUUGUCGGUUAAAGUGAGACCCCAUUUGAACAUAUUCUUGAAGAAACUGAACUUUAAUACCUAAAUGUCAAAAUGAAGUAUAAGUCAAAUCGUAUAUGUGUAUAUGUAUUAAACACAUAUAAAACAAACAAACAAACAGAUUCAGGUGUGUUAGGAUCUAAUACAUAGAACGAACAAAACUGUUAUUGUUAAGAACUACCAAUAAAAACAAAAAUAAAAAUUACACAAAGAUUUUAUGACAUUUUCCGGAUCUGAUUCGGCAAUUAAAUUGAAGUACUCUUUGAUUUGAGAUAAAUCAUCCGUUCAAAUAACCUGCGACCAAGGUAACAAGGACUUUUGAUUGAACUGGCCGUACUAUUUUGUAGGAAAUCAGGAACACAAUUGGAAAUGGUCAAUACUUCACCCAUAGUUUAAGUACCAAACUCCUGACCAUAUUUAGCUUUAGCCUGUGUAAUUUAUUUUUAGAGCCAAAAUGAUUAAAGAUGCUGUGAAAAUAGUAACAAAUAGACGACACUCAGGCAGUGUCAAAAAGAAUACUUGGAAA